AUGGAGAGAAGUAAAGAGAAAUUGAAAAAUAAUAUAAUUAACAACAAUGAGGGUGAAGUCCAGGAAGCUUUAAACGCAGGCUUAGAUCCAAAUUUGGAAGGCGGGUGGCCCAUCAGAUUAGCUGCUCGCUAUGGACUUUAUUCUAUGGUUAAAUUAUUUAUUCUUUAUGGAGCGAAUCCACAUAUUUUAAGUGAAGCAGGAAAAACUGUUGAAGAUUUAGCUAAGGGCUACAAACUUCAUUAUCUUUUAAAUUCGCCAGUAAAUAAUAAUCUUCUCCAAGCUUCAGCGAGUCCCAUCUCUCGAAGACCUAGAACUGACGUAAGGGAUGCUAACCACAGUCAUAGAAAUUUAUCACCAUCAGUUGCCCGUUUCUUUGACUUAACGUCACGUCAGCCAUCAUUAACUCCUCCCCCCAGUCCGAGGAGGGUACUACCUUCAACGAAUACGGCCCGAUUAUUAAACUGA